AUGAGACCUUCAGUUGUAAAUUGCAUGAUUGUGUUUUUAUGGACUUUUUCCUUCACUCUUGCUGGACUACCCUUUAUCUACUUUAACAAUUGGGAUCAAGGCAUUAGAUGCAGCUUCGGCUACCUCUUGCAUGACUGGAUUUAUCUGGUAUCUGGUAUGAUAAAAUAUUCAUGCAUGGCUUUCUCGGUCUUUUUGUAUGGUAUGAUAUUAAAAACAGCUCGAAAAGUAUAUGCGAAAUCUUUGAAGAAAGCCUCGGAGGAUCCCAACAACCAACGUAACAGAAAGAUAAUAAAGAAUAUCCGUUCAGCUAUGGGAUACGUCACCUUGGCGCUGGUUCUCAGCUGAAGUUCGUAUGAAGUGUAUCGGGUGAGGUAUGGUCUCGAUAUGACUACCGAUUUGACCUUCAAUCUACACAGAUGGCUUGUAUUUCUGGGCAUCUUUAACAGUGUUGUGAAUCCUUUCAUCUACGCCUACCAACGAAAAGACUUCAGGAAAGGGUGCCAGAAAUUGUUUGGUUGCUACAGAAACAAGAGACCAUCAUGUUCCAACACAGGAGAGCUGAGUCAUUAUUAA